GUUCAGUUCGAUUUCAACUGUUGACGUGUUUGCAAGCGUGUUAUCGGCGUGCGUCCGCUCGCUCCGUUCGUAUUUCGCUAUCGAUUCUCGUCUCGCCGCGACAACAACAAAGAAAGCUCGAGAAACGCGUCGGCAAAAGAAAAUCCAAGUGUGAACCAAAAAAAAAAUAUACCAAGAGCAUUAUUUAAAAACCCAGUACAAACAAGCAGUGUCAACUAAAACAGUGUGCUACAAAUAGUGAAAACAAAUUGUGUAUGAAAAAUGAGUAGCUAUUAAGCCCGGAAGAGAGCUAAAAACACCCAAUAAAAGAGAAGACCCCGCUGAGAUAUAAAGAUCCAACCGAUUCCUGGCCCCCGGUAGAACAGAAAAACAUUCAAAAUUAUACUCGAAAUGGAUAUGACCUCAACAGCGGAGGCUGCCGCUCGCAGCUGGUACGACAGUCCGCGCUUAGGGGGCGGCUCCUCGGGCGGCGGCAAUGGGGGCGGGGUCUCGCCCCAAACGAACGGCCUUGGCAGCGCCGGGAGCAGCCUGGCCCACAGCCACCACAGCCUCUCCAGCGGCGCCAGCUCGGCGGGCAGCAGCGUGGGCGUGGGCGCGGCCCUGGGCGGCGGCGGCGGAUCCGGACUGGACACCAGCGACAUGAGCGCCUUCUACGCGCUGGAGAGCAACGGACACCACCGGCGCUACUACCCGAGUUACCACCAGCACACAUCCCGCAUGCCCUCCACCCAUGCCUCGCCCCAAGUGUGCCGGCCCCACUUCCACACCCCGCUGAGUCCCUGGCUGACCAGCGAGCACAAGUCCUUCGCCCCCGCCAGCGCCUGGAGCAUGGGCCAGUUCGCCUGCCCCCAGGAGCCGCAGGUGGAGCACAAGCUGGGCCAGAUGGGCCAGAGCCACCAGACGACGGCCGCCGGACAGCACUCGUUCCCCUUCCCGCCGACGCCGCCAAAGGACUCCACGCCCGACUCCGUGCAAACCGGUCCAUCCGAGUACCAGGCCGUGAUGAACGCGUUUAUGCACCAACAGGCCACGGGCUCUACCUCACUGACGGACGCCAGCUGUGCGCUGGACAUCAAGCCGUCGAUCCAGAACGGGAGUGCGAGCGGAUCCUCCGGCAGCGGCACCACCCACACGUCGACCCCCAAGCAGCGCGAAGGUACCACCAGCACCACUAAUUCCAGCUCCAACUCCACCAGCAGCAGUCAGCAGCAGCAACAGCAGCAGCAGCAGCAGCAGCAACAACAGCAGCAGCAGCAACAGAGCAGCAGCAACAGCAACACCACCGCCAGCAGCAACACAUCCGCCUCGUCAUCCGCCGCAGCAGCUUCCCUGUCCGCCGCCGCAGCCGCCGCCUCCGCAGCCACAUCCUCGAACGGAUUGUUCGAUGGAACGGCGCAGGCGUACAGCAGUGGCGGUGGGAGUGGGGGUGGAGGUGGUGGCGGUGGCGGUGGCUCAGGUGGCUACGACACCAGCAGCUAUGCCUCCUAUCACCAUGCGGCGGCGCAUCAUCAGGCCGCUGCGGUGGCGGCGGCGAAUAUGUUCCAAAGUUCCUCGGUGGCCGCGGCUGCAGUGCGUCACAGUAUGGCCGCUGCGCAGGCGCACCACCAUCACCAUCACCACCACAGUGGCCACCACCAUGGUGGCUCGUCCUCCUCGGGAAUGCACGGGCUAGGCGGCUCGGUGGUGGGCGGCACCGCCGGCAUGGGCAGCAUGAGCGGCAACAGCGGCGGAGCGGGAUCGCUGAGCGGUCACAGUGGCGGCGGCAGCAAUGCGGGCAGCGGCGGUCUGGAUGUGAAGCCCGUACGGACCAAGCCGCGGACAAGUGCCGAGGGACGCGAGUGUGUGAACUGUGGCGCCACAUCGACGCCACUGUGGCGACGCGAUGGAACGGGACACUAUCUGUGCAACGCCUGUGGCCUGUACUACAAAAUGAACGGCCAGAACCGACCCCUGAUCAAGCCAAAGCGAAGACUGACCCUGCAAUCGCUGCAGAGUGCGGCCAAAAGGGCGGGCACAUCCUGCGCCAAACUGCAAGACCACGACCACAACCCUUUGGCGACGCAAUGCCAGCGGCGAACCCGUGUGCAACGCCUGCGGAUUGUACUACAAGCUGCACAAUGUCAAUCGUCCUCUAACAAUGAAAAAGGAGGGCAUUCAGACGCGUAAUCGCAAGUUGAGCUCCAAGUCCAAGAAGAAGAAGGGUCUUGGCGGCGGCUGUCUGCCAAUGGGAGGUCAUUUGGGAAUGGGUGACUUCAAC